CGACCGGAAACUGAAGCCUUUACACGGUUCAAGAGGUUACCCCCCAGUCAUUUCCAUUCACGAUGUAGCAUGAAUACAUGCAUCUGUGUUGCUAACAGCCAUUCAUCAACAUCAAUGGAACAAGUCUUGACCAAGGUGAACGGUGCGUUGGGAGAAGCGAUAGACGCACUGUCGGGCCCGCUCCAGGCCACUCGCCUCUCGACACUCCAGGCCUCCGACUUUUCUUUGCCGGACAAGGAAUCAUCCGAAUUGGCUACGCGCACGAUCGAUCUAGCAGACCGAUUGCUUCGUCUAGUACAGCCUCCUGCGACGCAACUGGCCGAAAGCUUCCUCGCCUAUCUAGACACAAAGUGUCUCUGUGCCGCAGUCGAACAUGGAAUCCCCGACCUUCUAGCUGCCGGCCCGCAAACUCUCGACGAGCUCGCGGCGCACAGUGCGCUCCAGCCUCUCCGCCUCAAGCAGAUCAUGCCCGUGCUCUACAAUAACGGUAUCUUCACCUACGACGCCGGCACCAGCCGCUACGCCAACAACGCCUCGUCAACACUGCUGCUAUCAGAACACUGGACGCAAUGGCACCGGUGGGUUUCGCUCUACGGCAACGAAUUCUACGAUUUCGCCGCGCGCAUCCCGGCCGCCAUUCGGGCGGGCGAGACACGCAGCGCGGCGCAGAUGACGGAGGGCAUCGCCUCGGAUCAGAACCUAUUCGCCUACUAUGCGCAGCAGCCGGGAAUGCAGGAAAAGUUUCACGGUGCGCUGGGUGCGAGCGCCGUCGCGCAGAGCCCCGGCCUACUCGCCGACUAUGCGUGGGCCGAGCUCGGCGACGCCACCGUGCUGGACAUUGGCGGCGGCGGGGGGUCCUUCAUCCACAGCCUGCUGCGCGCACACGGCGAGCUUCGCGGCGCAUUGCUCGAGCUCGCGUCCGUCGUCGACCUGGUGUGGCCCAAGUUUUUUGCUCACGGCGGUGAGUUCGCCGAUGUCGCCUCGCGCAUGACGGCCCUGCACGUCGGGGAUUUCCUGCAUGCGGUCCCCGAGUACGAGAUCUACACCAUGAAGUGGUGCCUGCACAAUUGGGGGGACGAGGACGUGAUGAGGAUUCUGCGCGUGGUGCGCAAGGCCAUACGUGUGACGCCGCGCGCGAGGAUGAUCAUCAUCGAGUCGGUCUUGGAUGAUGGACGCAGCUCCAGGAUCUGGCGUUAUGGAAACGUUACUAUGAUGUCAGCGGUGAACGGCCAGGAGCGCACAGUGGCCGAGUGGAGGGACCUGGCUGGUAGGACGGCGUGGAAGGUCGCGGCCGUGGUGGACAUGAGAAAUGUGUGGGCAAAGGCUAUUGAGCUUAGACCAGAUACAGUGGCGCUGUCCAAUACCGUCAACGGGAAUAUCCAUUGA